GUGAGCUGAAGCCAAGCCGCCUCUCUUUUAGAGAUGAAUUAUGCUUAAAAGUUCACUCCUCUCCUCUCCUCUCCUCUCCUCUUUCAUAUCUCUCUCUGUCUCUCUUUCUUUGAAACCCUAAUUCAACCCCAAUCCAUAUAAAGCAAAAACAAAUCCACAGUACCAAACACAGAUCUCGUCUCUGCAACCAUCAAUUUCAUCAUCCCCAGUUCCCUUAAUUCUCUUCUUUACUCCUACCCUUUUGCUCACAGACAAACAAGGAAAAAAGCAUGAAAAAGGACCGUUGGGUUUGCAGAUCAGAGUUUUAAAUACAAGAGACAUGGAUUCUGGAAACAGUGGGAGUCUACAGUCAUCAUCAAGUGGUGGUGGUGGUGGUGACGAAGAGUACGAUUCACGCGCCGAAUCGAUCUCAGCUUUCUUGAACCCAACCGCCCAUAUCGGUCACAUGUCUGACCCACCACCACCGCAUCACCACCACCUCCACACCACCACCACACCUAUGUUUGACUCACUAUCCAACUAUUUCGAUACCAUAUCACGACCACCACAACCACCACCUUUUUCAACUCCAAACGCUCUUCUGAAUCUCGACAUGGUCUGGUCCAAGACCCUAAGAUCUGACCCCAAUUACACCCAGAUCAACCCCAUCUUAGCCUCCUCCACAUCGCCCACAGUUCCAUAUCGUCCGGUGACAGAGGUUACACCAUCAUCAGCAGCAGCAGCAGCAGCCAGCUCUGAUCAGACGGCCCACGUUGCACGUAACCCGAAGAAGCGAUCCAGGGCGUCGAGGCGUGCACCAACCACAGUCCUGACCACAGACACCACCAAUUUCCGAGCCAUGGUUCAGGAGUUCACUGGGGUCCCAGCACCACCCUUCACAUCCUCACCCUUCCCUAGAACCAGACUUGAUCUCUUCGCUACACCCUCCUCCAUCAGAUCCAACCCAUCCUCCUUGUCCAUUUCACAACCACCCUAUCUUCUAAGACCUUUUGCUCAAAAACUUCAACCACCAACAACAUCAUCACUGUUCAUGACUAAUUCCUCCUCGUCUAUGCUUGAUCAUAAUAUUGCUUCUACUAGUACUAACAACAACAACAACAACAUCACAUUCACUUGUGCCAAUUCAUCAACUAGUAAUACUAGUGCCUCUACUAAUAAUACUAACUCUCAACAGUUAGGCCUUUUGAAGCAAUCUGAUCUUUUUCUCAUGCAAGACCCAUCUCUCACAUUUCACUCUCUCCUUCAAUCUCAGCCUAAAUACCCACUACCCAAUUCGUCCAUUCUCGGCUCCAAAACUCAAGGCUCUUUCGGAAUUCAAUCGAACCAUUCCAAUCUGAAAAUGGGUGCUCUGGAUGAAUUUGGUUUGGGUCAUGGUGGUGGUGGGCAUGUUAAUAGCUCACAACUCAGUGGGCUUCCCAAUUUGGUCUGCGCUGACGGAACUCCGGCCACACGAAACGAUGAUAUUGAUCCGAUGAGGUGGGGGUGCGGAGCGGAUACAAGUGAUGGAAAUCAAAGUAAUUUGAGGUCUUUGAAUGGGAACUUUGAUUAUUCUCGGAACCUUUUGAAAGGAAAGUUGAAUUCUUCGUCGUCGGCUUCUUCCACUGAUUUUCAUGGCGAGAAGGCACAGGGAAAUGGUGCUACUACUAGAGGUGAAGGUAUGGUGGAAUCAUGGAUAUGUUCUUCGGAUUAGUAAUCUUUAAUCAGACAAAAAAAAGGGAAAAAAAAAAAAAAAAAAUUGAUCAUAUCAUAGAAAAGAAAUGGAGAUAAUUAUGGCGGUUUAGUUGUGAAAGAUGAAAGAGGUUAAUCAUGUGUUUUCCAUCUUAACCAUUACUUUCAAGAAGGGUUUCAAAUUCUGUGUAAAUAAUUGUCAUUUUUUUUUUGUUUUUUUUUUUGGUUUUGGUCUGACUCUGCCAUAUAUAUAUUACUGAUGAUAUACAUAUAUACCACUGUUGGAUUUUCUUUCAAAUAGUAAAAUGCUGUUAGUGUU